CAACAGGAGCUCUUACCUCAAUCAGUAAGUGACUAAAUCACACACUUGACAAUGUCUAGAGACUACAGGGAGGGAGAUACGACAAUGGUCUUGAGAACAACAGGAAGUGUGUUUGUGGUCUUUCUUUGGUCUUUGACAGGUGUUGCAGUGGUACUGGGUCAGAGUGUGAAGUACACCUCUGAGAGUAUCUGUGCCUUGAAGGGGUCAACAGUGGACCUGUCCUGCUCUUACACAAAUCCCUGGGGUUACACAGUCACAGGAACCGAAUGGUAUUACUGGAAACAUGGAAUCUGGACUAAAAUCUUAGAUAAUUCUGCUGGUCGUGUAUCGUAUCGUGGGAAUAUGUACAAUGACUGUACCCUGAGAAUCACAGACCUGAGAGAGGAGGACUCAGGAUCAUAUUACUUCAGAUUUACAACUGGAUAUUCAUGGACAUCUGGAUCACAGAUUGUCCUGUCUGUCACAGAUCUGCAGGUGAAUGUGGGUUGGUACAAUGAAAGGACUCUGACCUGUAGUUCAUCCUGUUCUCUGUCUUACAAAACCACCUACAUCUGGUAUAAUAAUGGACAAAGUGUUGGAGGGGACUCUUCUAGCUUGUUUUUGUACGACUUUAGUGAUAGAAACAGUUACUCCUGUGGUUUUAAAGGCCAUGAGAACCUACUGGCUCCUGCAGUGUGUAAGGGAAGUUAUUGUGUGAAGUACACCUCUCAGAGUAUCUGUGUCUUGAAGGGGUCAACAGUGGACCUGUCCUGCUCUUACACAUAUCACAGUCAUCAAGAUGUCAAGACAACAGAAUGGUAUUAUCAGAAGAAUGGAAACUGGAAAGAAAUUGUAGAUUAUUCUACAGGUCGUGUAUUGUACCUUGGGAAUAAGGACAAAGACUGUACACUGAGAAUCACAGACCUGAGAGAGACUGACUCAGCAUCAUAUUUCUUCAGUUUUAAAACUGGUUAUCAUUGGACAACUGGAUCACAUAUCACCAUGUCUGUCACAGAUCUCCAAGUGGAGGUGACUGGUGAAGAUAUAAAGACACUGACCUGUAGAACCACCUGUUCUCUGACUAGUAACCCCACCUACAUCUGGUACAAGAAUGGACAACCUGUUGUAGAGGGCAAUUCCAGCUUUUAUUGUGUGAGUGUGGACAUGUUCAAAUGA